UCGUCGGGAAAGGAAUGAAAGCAUGGCCAAAAAGAAGUCGAAAAAGAAAGUCAUAAAUAAGUUAGUUCUUGAUGAAGACAAUAAUGAAGAAGAAAAACGUGUAGAAUUUCAUGAAAUGGGACUUGAUGACCGUUUGCUAAAGGAUAUCGCAAAACUUGGCUGGGAAAAACCAACGGUCAUACAAGAGCAGGCUAUUCCAAUGAUUCUUGAGGGUAAAGAUGUUCUGGCUCGAGCAAGGACUGGUUCUGGGAAGACAGCAGCUUUUGUUGUGCCUCUCAUCCAGAAAAUACUGCUUCGGAAACAGAGAACUGAAGAGCAAUAUGUCUCAACAUUGGUGUUGACACCUUCAAGAGAACUUUGCCGGCAAGCUUACUCUAAUAUUCAGGAUUUAUCCAGCAGCUGUUCAAGAGAGGUCAAAUGUGCAGAUGUGUCAGGUCAGGUCAACAUCAAGGCACAAAGGUCGAUUUUGAUGGAGAAACCGGACAUAGUUGUGGGAACACCUGGCCGUAUCCUUCAACACCUACAAUGCAGCAAUUUAGAUCUCAAGGAGUCGCUAGAAAUGCUGGUGAUCGAUGAAGCUGAUUUAGUUUUCUCAUUUGGUUACGAGUCAGACCUCAAAGCUCUUCUAGAAUACCUCCCUAAAAUCUACCAGUCUGUACUUAUGUCAGCAACUCUUAGUGAAGAAGUAUUAACACUGAAGAAACUUGUCCUGCAUAACCCAGUGAUCUUAAAACUGGAGGAUUCUGAUUUACCAGACACUGAUCAGCUGAUGCAAUACCAUGUGAAGUGCUGUCAAGCUGAUAAGUUUUUGCUCAUCUUCACGUUACUCAAGUUGAAGCUUAUUCGAGGAAAGACAAUCAUUUUUGUAAAUACAAUCGACAGAUGUAUCAGAUUAAAACUUUUCUUGGAACAGUUCAAAAUAUCUAGUUGCGUUUUGAACUCCGAACUUCCUGUGAACUCGCGUUGUCAUAUUGUAAAUCAGUUCAACAGUGGACUUUAUGACAUCAUCAUUGCUUCAGAUGAAAGUGUCCUAUUGGACACCAAAAGUCAUGUGACAGACCAAGAAAAGCCACGGAGGGAUAAGAGGAAAAAUAGAGCCAAGGAAUAUGGUGUAUCAAGGGGUAUAGACUUCCAAAAUGUUUCCAAUGUUAUCAAUUUUGACUUCCCUCCAUCCCUCAAGGCAUACAUCCAUCGAGUAGGAAGGACAGCAAGAGGUGAUCAACUAGGAACAUCUCUGUCUUUUGUUGGUGAAAAUGAAUUAGAAGUAUUUAAUGAAAUAGAGGGUGCCCUUCAGUCAGGUGAAAGUGCCUCUUCAUUGAAGCCCUAUCAAUUUAGGAUGUCUGAAAUAGAAGGCUUUCGGUACAGGGCACAGGAUGCAUUAAGAGCUGUGACGAAAGUAGCAGUGAAGGAAGCGAGGUUAAAGGAGAUAAAGUCUGAGAUUUUAAACUCCAAGAAGCUCAAAACAUACUUUGACGACAACCCGCGAGACUUGAAGCUGUUACGUCACGACAAAGCAUUGCAUUCUGCCAAGGUUCAUUCAGAGUUGUCCACCGUUCCGGAUUACCUAGUGCCAAAAGCCUUGAAAGGCAGCAAUAUAUCAUACUCACGGAAACGUGCAAACCCUGACGCAGGUAGCAGACGUGCAGAAACAAAGGCCAUUAGAAUAAAGAAAAAGAAGGAAGAAAAUCCAUUGAAAAGUUUCAAAUUCAAACGUUCAAGUCAAACAUGAAUAUACUGUAUGUUCACAUUGGUUGUUGAUUUUGUCAAGCAUUUUAGCUAACUCUGCUCUAAACAAGGUCAAUAUUCCAUGGAAGCUAUAGCAUCAUUGGUGGUCGUGUAAUUGACACUGGAGUAGAGGCUUGUCUCCCAAACAACUGCUGCAUUCUAAUGCACCUGUAGUCACAGCUUCACAAGUUGUGAAAUGCGUUCCACUGCAGUGCUUAGCCAACCAGUGAUCACGAUUUAACUUUGAGCAAUUACAAAACUGUAAAAUUAUAUUUUGCACUUUUAAAACAAUAGAUGAAUUAAAUAUUAUAAAAUGUUUAAAAUUGUUCAAUUUAGGAGUGAAAUUAUCCGGCUGUACAUUAUGAAUUUAUCGCACCUCUGAAUUUGGUGUACUGUAGGUAGUAAAUAAUAUUUGCGCAUGCAUAUUUUUAUUUACAUUAAAACACAUUUUAUGUUGCAAGAACCAUUGAUCACCGGUUGUGCUCACAGGUGCACUGGAAGGUGGCUUAUGUUUUAAAGAUAUACUGUUCAUCAUAAAAUUUAUGUAAAGAUAUAAAUAUCAUAUUUUUAUGCAUCUGUAAAUCACUCAAAUACUGUAUACAGAGCAAUUGAAAUACUGUAUUGAAUUUUAUUUCUCAAAAUUACAAUUAACAGUAAUACUCUGUGAGAAAACUUCAAAGAUAAACUAAUAUAGUGAAUACAUUUAAUUUAAAUGUAAUGAGAUAAAAAUUAAUAUUACAAGUCAAUCAUGACAUCAUCCUUGUAACUCCAACAUUAGUUUCCUAUCCCAAAACUAAGCACUAAUUUUUCAUUAGUGCAGUGUUUGGCUGAAUUUUUUUUAGUUUUGUGUGCAAAAGGUAAAUUUUCAAAGGAGGGUACAAAAAUAUUUUUUAUUUCACAAUGUUGACAGGCUAAAAAUAUAUAGCAUUACCAGUCUAUUAAGGUAUUUAUUGACGAGCGAAUUGCUAUGUUCUGUAAUGUUGGACCACAGUUGGAUAGGGCACCAUUUUGGCUAUUAUGGGUUGUAGAUACGGUCGGGAAAUUAUCAUAUAUGUAGAAUAGUAAGCUUUUGAUCACAGAAACAGGUUCUUAGGACAAAUUCACUCAUCCGUAAUCACCAAGUUCUCUGCACAAUGAAGAUUCAGCCUAAACCACUUCUAAUAAUUCUGGCAUGCGCGAUUCUACCAAGAUCUUGCCAUCAUCACGCAAACAAAAUUUCCACAACAAGUUGCCUUAUUCCAAAUAAAAAAAGAACAAUCAUGUCUCGCAUAUUUUCUUAAGCCUAAUAAGCUUGGUUUUCCAUACAAUUGGUACAUGCUAUCGCCAACAGCUUUCGGUGGAUGCUGAUUGGUCGGUCAAAUCUGGGAGCCUUCCCGAUUGCGUCAGGGACUGCAGUAUAACAAUUUCACUGAUAACACUGUAGCGACAGUGUAGUGAUUUUAUGGAAACCAGGCUAUACAUUAAGUUGUUGAGUCCAGGCUAUGAAUCCAGUAAACAAUAAAGUAAAAUUGUUUGUUCA